AGCAACGGAUUGACAGAAUCAUCGUUCUGUGGAGAGGUGGCUGCCGCGUAAGAAAAAUGUUUCGCAACCAGUACGACAACGAUGUCACCGUCUGGAGUCCUCAGGGACGUAUUCAUCAGAUCGAGUAUGCCAUGGAGGCAGUGAAGCAAGGGUCAGCUACAGUGGGGCUUAAAUCCCGCACCCAUGCAGUCCUUGUGGCUCUUAAGAGGGCUCAGUCAGAGCUGGCUGCUCAUCAGAAAAAAAUACUCCAUGUUGACAACCACGUGGGGAUCUCCAUUGCUGGCCUCACCGCUGAUGCGCGGCUUCUCUGUAACUUCAUGCGUCAGGAGUGCCUCGACUCUAGGUUUGUGUUUGAUCGGCCUCUUCCUGUUUCCCGGCUGGUCUCGUUGAUUGGAAGCAAAACCCAGAUUCCUACACAGCGAUAUGGGAGGAGACCCUAUGGUGUUGGCCUGCUCAUUGCUGGCUAUGAUGAUAUGGGGCCUCACAUCUUUCAAACCUGUCCUUCAGCCAACUAUUUUGACUGCAAAGCCAUGUCCAUUGGAGCCCGCUCCCAGUCUGCACGCACCUACCUGGAGCGCAAAAUGGAUGAGUUCCCUGAUUGCAGUCUGAAUGAGUUGGUUCAGCAUGGCCUCCGUGGUUUGAGAGAGACCCUGCCCGCAGAGCAGGACCUCACCACAAAGAAUGUGUCCAUUGGGAUUGUUGGCAAGGACAUGGAGUUUACCAUCUACGAUGACGACGAUGUUGCACCAUUCCUUGAAGGCCUUGAGGAGAGGCCCCAGAGAAAGGUUGCCCAGCCAGCGGAGGAAGCUGCAGCAGAGAAGCCAGAUGAGCCCAUGGAGCACUGAGCUGUGCCUCUGACUAUGAGAGCUUUUACUGUCCCACUUGCCCUCUGUGUUGAAAACUGGGCUCCAAAACGCACUCUGCCAUUUUAGUGUGGCAAACAAAAUGGAAAGAAUAGUAAUGUUAAGGAAAUGGCAAUGAUUUUUUUUUCUACAGAGUAGUUGUUUUCUAUCUGUACACUUGUACGUUUCAAUGAGAGCAGAAAUGGGGGAAAAAUAAACAUUAAAGUACUUAAUCUCUAAA